AUAAAACACUGCUAAAAAACAAUAUUUCUCAUUUUCCUUCAUUUUCUCGAACUCUGUUUUCAUUUUAGAAAUUGUUUCAAUCAAAUUUUCUCUUUUAUCUUUUGGGUUAGCAAGAAACGUGUUCUGUCAUCGUAAUCAUUGAUUGAAUCGAAUUUUGAUCCGCCAUGGCUGCAAAGAUUCUUGCCAACUUAAUCGUAAUGGGCUCGGGUAUUUUUGCUCGUGCUGUUGUUCAGGCAUACCGGCAAGCACUUGCAAAUGCUGCCAAAUCCGGUGUUACUCAUGAGACACUACAAAAUGCUGCCCGUAGAGCUGGCAAAGUCAUGACAGAGCAAGAAGCGAGGCAGAUUCUUGGUGUAAGCGAGGAUACUGCUUGGGAGGAGAUGAUGAAGAAGUAUGAUGUCUUAUUCGAGAAGAACGCCAAGGUCGGGAGCUUCUACCUUCAGUCAAAGGUUCAUAGGGCUAAAGAGUGCUUAGAAGCCAUCUAUCGAGCCAAAGGAGAAGGCACUCCUCCUAGUUGAGGAUGAGGAUUUGUCCAGGUUUGCUCAUUUCACAUACAGAUGCCCGCUUGUAGACUAAUUCUCGUCCUACGAAAAUGGUUUCAAAGAUUUAAAUCAUAUGCACAGCCCAUCGUGCUCCUCCCCAUUCCUGGGUUCAAACUUCAAACACUGAUUCAUUCAAAUUUUGUGCCCUUGAUGUUAAAUUAGUUGAGUGGUUGCAAAUAAUAACUAAGGUUUUCAUAAACCGUCUAUUGCAGUUGUUGUGCUCAUUGUUAAUUAAAUACACAGUAGAUUAGUUGAAACUUGAGGCACUGAUAAAAAGUAUGUAAGAAACUUCAUGUAAAGAUACCAAGAGCUUGAAUUUGAUUAAAUAUUCAUGUGUUUUUCUUCAAUAA